GGGAAAACGAACCUGGAAAGCAGACUGGGAGGUUUGACCUAAUACAAACAUUUCUAAGAGGAAUCCAGCCCGUUUUCUGAAUAAGCUUGAAAAUAUCAAAUGAGCUUCAUUAAAAAGGAAAUAAAUAGCAGCCUCUUGGCCAGCAGGAAUCCAGGCAGGCAAGUGUCUGAGGCGAAACUCCCUCUUGACAACUUAGUGCUGCUGAGGACUGAGGCCAGAAUGGGACCCCGCCAUCUCCUCCCGCUGUUCGCUCUGCUGGUUGCCUGCCACAUCAGCGUUGCAACUAUCCUUACGGUUUCGGAGUCACAUAUAGGCUGCCAGUGUAGAAAAGAAACAUCUUCCUUCAUUCCUUCUGAAAGACAUAAAAGCGUCAUGAUCAUCCCAGCUGGAAUCAGUUGCAGCAAGAUGGAAAUCAUAAUCACAUUAAAAAAGGCAGACAAGAGAGUCUGCAUUAAGCCCAACACAAGAUGGUUACAGGAUAUGAUAAAGAGACUGCAAAGCAUAAAUACACCUUCCUCCUUCUGAAAUAAACUGAAGUGUGAAAUGACAUUGGAAAGCAAAUGGUGGAUGAUAUGGAACUCACAGACGUGAAAUGCAACGUAAUUCUUUCUGCUUGGAUUCUAAUAACCUAGAGAGGAAAUACCCUCAUCUUGUUUGAUUCCUAAACCAUUAACAUCCAAUAUAGGCUGGAUCCAUACAUAUGAAAAUCUGUAGUUACAUAUGUACAUUCAGCCUGCACUUUUUCCUGAGACCUACAGGAACAGUGUUAUAUUUACAUUUGUAAAUAAGAUUGGGGGGGUAGCCGUCUACCCUUUACUCCACUCUCCUGAAUCCCAAAGGUUGGAAGGAAAAAUGUUUAGGUGCCAUCAUACAGUCUUCUUUAAUAUAAGGGUGAAUGUUGGAACUGUUUCUUUCCCUCUUCUGGGCAUCUCUGACAACUUUUAAAAAGUCCUUAAAGAUGCAUCUGUUCACCCAGGCUUUUAACUGAUAUUGUUUUGAUUGUUUCAGUGUUGUUUUUAGAAUAUUGUUUUAAAAAAUUAAAUUGUUGUGUUUUAAAUUUCUUGUUUUUGUUUUUAACUAAUGUUUAACUUUUGUUUUUAUCUUGUAAACCGCCCAGAGAUAUAAGUUUUGGGAGGUAUAAAAAUAUGUUAAAUAAAUAAAUAAAUAAAUAAAUAGAAAAGGCUACUAAGAGAAAGAAUAGGGAUUUGUGUGGAAGCCACUUUUUUUGCCAGAGGCCACCAGGCCAGUGGUUAUAGGUAAAGGAGAGUAAGUGCCAGACAUCAUGUGGCCGCACUUGGGAAAGUGGCCACUUGUAUCUACCUCUGUGCAAAGCAAUUCCUAACACAGCCUCCUCUUCUCUAUCUACUAGCAGAGUCAAAUGCAGUAUCAAUACUAUACCACUGGAGGCAGUGGGGAGCUAUCUCAAGCAGUGUUCCCAUUGCUGUCGCUUUCAUAAAACCUGUUCCACUAGCUCCCAACAGACCCUGAUAUAUUCCAACUUCAGUGCAAAUUUCCGUGGGGAAAAAGCUUGGGGAAUCCACACAAAGCAGAGACCACGGUUUAUUCUUAGCCCCAUCUGCAGGCAAGCUGCGAAACAACUGUGAAUGAACUUUCUUCACACUCCUGUUAUUCCAGCUUGAAAAAAGCCAGCUCUUUCACUGUUGUUUCAUGUAUUGCAGCCAAUUGCCAGCAGAUGGCACUAAGAAUAUAUCAGGCAACUUCUUUCUUCAUCAGGCAGAGUCUCCACGGUUUUUUCCAUGGCAAUUUGCACUAAUGUUGAAUUCUUUCAGCACCUGGAAAGACCCACUGCCAAGGCAUGGCUUCUUUUGCAAAGAAUCCUGGAAAUUGCAGUGUUGGGGGUGGGUUUUCAGAAGACGUUGCAAAGUCUAACUACAGCAAUAUGCCCCCAAUAUUAGAAUGUGGAAACGUGUCAAAUUGUUACGAAGUGUGUGCACAGGGGGCAGGUGUUGGGCAAAAUCAGAACUGCAGUUGGGUCCGGGAACUGCAGUUCCAAUAAUUCAAACAACCUGGGGACCCAACUGGAGGUGAGUUCACCUCUGGGUUGGCAUUAUGUGUGAAGGCGGCCCUAGAUUCUGUUUGGCGACUUGUGUUCUUAAAUGUGGGGUUGCUGCUGUCAGAUGUAGCUACUUCCCAGGAUUAUUGCUCCCACAAUUCCUAGGUUGGGGACUAUGAUAAUUCAGCCUGUUUGAUUUAGGCCAACGAGGUAAGGGAAACAUCUUUUAAAAUAUGAGAAUCUUUUUAAUUUUUUCUUAAAUAGUACAGGAGCAGCAACUGUAAAGAUUAAAACCUCCAAGCAAUAAUAUAGACAUUCACUUGUAAGCUUUACCCAAUGUUUUUCCUUAUGUUGGCACAUACAAAAUCAUCUAAGCUCUUAACUUCUAGCUGGAAUUCCACACCGUUUUAAGAAAGCAUUUGUGCUGUUAGAAUGUGAAGUCGAACUUGAUUUGUCUUUGGUUACAAUAUGUUUGUGCACCUAAAAGUCAAGCAAUAAAAUGGUCCUUUUCACUUU